GGUUUCUACGGCAAGCCGUGGAGUUUCGAGCAGCGCAAGACUUUAUUUUCAAACAUGGCCAAGUGGGGGUUAAAUACGUAUAUGUACGGGCCUAAAGAUGAUGAGAAGCACCGUGCUGCAUGGAAGCAAGCUUAUUCCAAGCGUGAAGGGGAUAGCCUACGAGCUCUAAUACGGGCAGCUGAAGAGAGUGGCAUUUUAUUCAUUUAUGCUAUCUCACCAGGUGUUGAUAUUACAUAUUCCAGUAAUCGUGAUAUGAAAUUUCUAAAAGACAAGCUUGAUCAGAUUCGAAAUUUUGGCUGUAAUUCCUUUGCUAUAUUCUUCGAUGAUAUCGAUACUGUUAUGUGCUUACAAGAUCAAGAAGAGUUUGAGUCCUUUGCUGCUGCACAAGUAGAAGUUACGAAUGAGAUAUAUAAAUAUCUAGGGAUGCCAGCUAACUUUCUAUUUUGCCCUACUGAAUACUGUGCUGCUCGAGCAGAUCCGAAUGUUAAAGAAUCUAAAUAUUUAGUUACUGUAGGUACUGGCUUACAUUCUGAUAUCCAUAUAAUGUGGACAGGUCCUAAAGUAGUCUCUAACAAAAUUAGCGUAGAGUCUAUACUGGAACUACAGACAGUUCUUCGGCGAAAACCUGUAAUAUGGGAUAAUAUUCAUGCCAAUGACUAUGAACAAGGUAGACUUAACCUUGGUCCCUACGAUUGUAGACCUGCAGAACUAAUGGAAUCAUUGAAUGGAAUAUUCACAAACCCUAAUUGCGAAUUUGAACUUAAUUACGUACCGAUAAGAACAUUUUCUUUAUGGUGUCAAAGUAAACGUACCAGAUUUAACUACGAUGUU